GGCAUACUGUGGCCCAUGGCGCCGUCUACUGACGCUUUGCACGGAGAUGUGAGAAUUCUCUUGGCACGGUAGUCACCAAUCCAUCAAGACUAAGCGAUGUAAUGGUCAUGGACGAACGUGAUGUUAGGACAUGGUCGGUAACAAUUGUAUCUAGCCCACUACCUAGAUAGCAAUAUUCCCGACAUUCGACAAGGCGACCAAUGGGAAAUGACAAGGCUGAUACUUGGUCGAGAGGGGCGCUAGUACAAUUCCAGUAACGAUCUGGACUUUACUCUUGGCACUGCGGUGGACUGCGACUGCAGGGCGACGUCAGUGAACAAGACCCUCGUAAUUGUCUGCAUUGCAACAAGUUCAUCUAACAGCAAUCUGAUGCUCUUGACUGCUCAUAUGCUUCUUUCCCAUCGAAGCGCUAGUUCUUGACAGCACCUGUAUUGCCGAAACUUCGGUCCGUUACCUUACCUUUCAAGCACACGACCUGAUCUCUCAUCAUGAGCUUUCGCAGCCUUGUGAAAGAAGGAUGGCAACCCAAGGGCAAAGAUGGAGGAAAAGAGUCAUGGAGAGGAGACUUCAAGGGCAUAAAUCAAGUGGCAGGAUGGAUGGGUAAAGGCAGAGACCCCAACAAGACCGAAGCUUCUGAACAUGUAUCUCGACCGCUUACGACCCUCAAAGAUCCGGCCAUGUUUGGUCCACCUCCCAAAAACGUCAACUACCACGGCGGCGCCGCCCUUCCGAAUGAGAUCACCCCACACACCGGUGGCUUGGGGGCACCAUUGAGACCAAACCAGACCGCAAAUCGGGCAACACCGAGCCCGGCGCCAGAAGAAGUCGUGGAAGAAGAAAGACCAGCAGGUCCGCCUCUCCCGUACAGAGCAGAUAGGACAGGGUUAAGGACAGACCACCUUCCCCCACCACCGGUUCACCGCGAAGUAGAACGCAGUUCUACCGCUGUCGAAAAGCAACCUCAUAGACCUAAACCCGGUCUACCUCCCAGACUGCCUUCGCGACAGAAUACUAUGCCUACCCCGAGCCCACCUCCAGUUGUAACCUCCCCACCCCCUCAAGCAGCUCCUCCAGCAUACGAAGCAGUGGCAGCCCGUCAAUCAAGUCAUCAGGCAAGCACAAACUACGGUAUAAAUCAAGGUGCCGUCAACAGAUUAGCCAACGCCGGAGUCUCCGUUCCAGCCCUGGGCAUCGGGUCCAACACAUCCUCAAAUCCCUGGCAAAAUGAAAAGAGCCAAACAAACGUGACCAAGAGCCCCUCGCCUCAGCCACAACCGGCCACGAGCCAACUCUCCGAAAUUCAAGCACGCUUCGCUCGCAUGAACUCAAACACAGGCGCAAAUGGUGCUUCUCAACACUCGACAUCGUCUCCCUACGGUGCACCCGCACAAUCACCUCCCCCCGUCUCAACGCCAGGCACGGCCCAACAACAACAACCACAAGCGAACACCUGGGCCGAAAAGCAAGCCACCUUCCGCACUGCGCAGAAUCUGCAUAGAGAUCCCUCGAGCGUGUCCGUCGCCGACGCUCAAUCUGCCGCGAAAUCAGUGAACGCUUUCCGCAGCAGGCAUCAGGACUCGAUCAACAAGGCCGGUACAAAGGCUACCGAAUUGAACAAGAAAUACAACGUUGCAGGACGACUGAAUUCUUUCCUCGAGAAGCAUUCCUCGCCCACAUCAGAAACUCCCCCGAGCGUCAACGCCGUCGUUACGAAUCCUCCUCCUCAGCCUCAACAACCGCAGAAUCCUGAGAUCGCGGCUUCACUAUCUCGCAAGCCACCGCCUCCGCCACCACCGAAGAAGCCGGCCACGCUGUCAGGACCAGCAUCUCCACCUCCCGUGCCUUUAGGAACAAAACCCAGUUUCGGAUGAAGACUGGUGGCUGGCUAGAUUGGUUGUUUUUGAUGUACAUACGCAAGGAGUUGACAUCAAAGCGCGAGAAUAUUGUGUCCGCAGAGUACGUAUUUCCUGCCUGAUGCAGUGGGUGAAUAUACUUGGUGGUAUGUUCCGCAAUGCUGAAAGGCUGAUUCUUCUGCCGCUCAUUUGAGGGUAAGCACGUUGUCCUGGGUU